CCAUGGCGGGUGCUGCCCACUGCUCGCUGAAGGCCAAGCGCCUGCUCUUGGACCCUAAGUUCGAGGGCUACAAGCUGUCCCUGGAGCCGCUGGCGUGCUACCAGCUGGGGCUCGACGCGGGACCGUCAAGAAAACUUGAACCUGGAAGGCUGUAGAAAGGAAGGAAUGAACUUCAUCCUAGUGUAAAAUCUCCUAUAAACUAUCUGAGCACAUGCUGUAGCAGAAGUGAAACUGCGUGAUGAUCAAUAUACCCUUGACCACAUGCGUGCUUUUGGCAUGUAUAAUUAUCUUCACCUUGAUUCCUGGUACCAGGAUAAUGUCUACUAUGUCGAUCAGUUUGGAAGGGUUAUGAAUCUGGCAGUGACUCUGGACUCUGCUCUACAAAAACCAAGAGAAGUUUUCAGGCUACCUACAGACUUGACGGCUUAUGAUAAUCGCCUUUGUGCCUCAAUACACUUCUCAUCUUCCUCAUGGGUUACUCUUUCUGAUGGUACAGGAAGACUGUAUUUAAUUAAAUCAGGCAAGCGUGGAAACAGUGCAUCUGAAAAGUGGGAGAUUGUGUUCAAUGAAGAACUAGGAAGUCCAUUUAUUAUAGCACACAGUGUUUCAUUUUUAAGAUGUGGUACACAUACAGUAGCCGUGUUGCUGCUUAGGGUAGAAAAAGAUGAAUUGGAUACAAAAGGAAGUGGAUUUCAUAUUACCUUGGAAUGGAUUACAAUUGCAGAGAUAAGCAAAGAGGGUGAACAUAGAUAUGAAAUCUUUAAAAGGAGAGUUUUACAAGGAAAAUCAGUCCCCCAUUAUGCAGCAAUAGAGCCAAGUGGGGAUGGUCUAAUGAUUGUUUCCUAUAAACCAUUCAAAUUUAUGCAAGAUGAAGACGACAAAUCAGAAGAAAAUGAUGACACAAAAGCAGAAAAUGAAAAGAAAGACGUUCUCUAUUACUGGCAGCAGACUGAAGAUGAUUUGACAAUAACAGUUCACAUUCCUCAAGACAUCACUAAGGAUGACAUAAAAGUACGCUUUUCCCCUGAUUACAUAUGUGUUACACUGAAAGAUCAGCCUCCUUUGAUGGAAGGAAAACUUUAUUCAUCUGUGGACCAUGAAAGCUGCACAUGGAUAAUUAGAGAGAAUAAAAGCUUGGAAAUUACUCUCAUUAAGAAAAAUGAAGGACCCCAGUGGCCAGAGCUAAUAAUUGGUGACACCAGAGGGGAAUUCAUUGUGGACUCUUCCCGGUUCUCUGAAAUAAGUGAAAGCCUGAUGCAUCUUACCUCUGAAGUAAUGAAUCCAAACCCUGAGAAGGAAAAACCACCUUGUAAUGCACAAGAAUUGGAAGAAUGUGAUGCUUUUCUUGAAGAUAGCGCUAGUUUGUGCAGAUUUGAUGGAGAUACCUUGAAAGUCACUCAUGUAAUUAAUCUUGGAAGCAACCAGUAUCUUUUCUCAGUUGUUGUGGAUCCCAGAGAAAUGCCAUGCUUCUGCCUGAGGCAUGAUGUUGAUGCCCUUCUCUGGCAGCCUCACUGUGAUCAACCAGAGAACAUGUGGGAGCACAUUGCAACUUUUAAUGCUUUAGGUUAUGUCCAAGCAUCAAAGCAAGACAAGAAGUUCAUGGCUUGUGCUCCUGAUUACUCCUAUGCUGCUCUUUGUGAGUGCUUGCGACGAGUUUUCAUCUAUCGUCAGCCGGCUCCUCUGUCCACGGUUCUCUACAACAGGAAGGAAGGAAGACAAGUAGGACAGGUUGCUAAGCAGCUAGUAGCAACCCUAGAGUCCAAUGAUCCUAUCUUAGGCUUUCAGGCUACAAGUGAGAGAUUAUUUGUUCUCACAACAAAAACCUUGUUUUUAAUAAAGGUGAACUCUGGAAAUUAAUUAUUUGGUAUAUUCUGCUGUUGCUUGUUGUACCAGUUUAUUUAAGAAAUGGCUGGGUGAAUGAUCUGAGAAGUUCGGUACAUUUUGCUGAAGUUUAGAAAGAUAUUUUACAGGGGGAUCAAAAUUUUUCAGUAGAAUUUGUCUGUAAGAUAGACAGUUUUUUCAACUUUGCUAUUACUGAAGUAAGCUUUUCCAGAGCAAUGGGAAAAUAUCUUCUGCGCUUACAGCUUUCUCAAAUUGAUUGUCAGAGGCUGCUGUUACAUAGUGAAUAGAUUUAUGAAAUAUUUUUUCUAAACCAAUGUUUGCCAUACUUCUGAGUCUUGGGAGCUGACUUCUGGUUUUAAAUGCCAAUGUUUACUUACGAAAGAAGUAGUCAAAUAAAGAAAAUAAAGCCUGGAGUUACAAACAUAUAAUAUGCAAAGUAAAAAAGUGUGUAUCAUAAAGAAAAAAAAAAAUCCCAAAUUCAUAUGCUGUUGGCCAAAAAAUGAUUUUAAUAUUUUGAUAUUCAGUAGUAUUUGAGUGACAUGUGAAUGGAAUGAAUGGUGUAUUAUGUCUCUUAUGCAGGUAAUUAAUUCAAGUGGAGCAAUUUCAUUGUAGAUGCAGAUUUUAGAUUAUUGAUUUGGGCCUUAUGCUUGCAGUGAAGUUUGUUCAUAUUUUAAGAGACAUUAGAAUAGCUUUUAGUAGGCUUUUCUUGAAGCAAAUUAAGGGUGAAUUAGUCAAGGUCAAGUUAUACUCUCACAGUUGUGUCAUUUUCACUUGAUGUUUUACUUCAUCUCAAGUGACUGAUUUACCAUUAGAAAGUGGCUAACAGAAAAAGCGCCUGUAUUGUAACCUGAGAUGGGAAAUUCAGAAGUGCUGCUUCAGUCUCAGAUAUCACUGUAAAUAUUAUGUUAUCAGUUAACCAUUCUGUCUGUAAUGCACAAGUCCAAACGUGAUACAUACCAUGUAAGAGUACACAGAGCAUGGGGAUGCUUCUGUUUACAAACUGAUUAAUUUUAUGGAAAAAUUGUUUCUGAAGAUUGUUUUUUCUUAUUUUAAAUUGACAUUGUCAAUACAGUUAAACCAAAAAAAGGAUCGGUUGUAACAGUUCCACUUUGGGUUGAUUGGUUUAUUUUUUUUCAUAGGUUCUUACAACUCCAUAGCAGAGUGCCUAAAAAGUGUGUUGUGUACUGGCAGGAAACCUGCUAUAAUCUGUGGUAUCAAACUACUGAGACAGACACAAACACAACGAGUGGCCUAAUAGUUUGCAUCUCUUUUAAUAUUAUUUCAGACCUCUGUAAUUAUCUGUUGAGAGGAAAUAAGUGUUCCCUUUUUAUGGACAGUUUCCUAGUUGUAAUUGUUUUGACUUUCUUGUAAAUUCUCCAGACAUGUAUUGGUGAAAUGAUUAAAUAAUAUACUGAGAAGAGCAAAACAAGCAGUUGUGGCUUGCAAAAACCCCUAUACAUUCAGUAGCUUUUCAAGGAACCUGAUUUUCCUCCUCCUUACAGCAGUAUUAUAUUGCAUAUCCAAUAUUGAAAAGUUUUUCCUUGCCUUUACCUGGGUAAGUUAAAACAGACUUUAUUUGCAAACCUUCCUUUUUCAUUCUGUGUUUUUAAAACUGUCUUGAAAAUAUUUUGGUUCUUUUUUAAAAGGCUCAGUGAAUGUAUUGCUGUUUUGUGGCUGUUUUACAUGUAAAUUUUCGUUGUUGGGUAAUAAUGUCAAACAAGAUGGUAGAAUUCAUGCAGAAGUCCUUUAGAAAUGACUUUAUGUAGUUGAUUACAGCAUAAAGGAAGUGCUUUCAGAUUUAUGUGAAUAUUGAAUAGUGAUAUGAAUAUUACUUAGUAACCUGAGACUUGAUCACUGGGAACACAUAGUUAAGAACAUGUUGUGAUGUUUGGGGAAUGGAGGAAUAAAGAGAGAGUUAAGCAUUCAUAGGCAACAUGCUUUUGUCCCCUCAAGUCUCUUGUAGGAAGCUUCUGUAUAGAUGAGAAUUUCAGCUUUUCUUUGUCAAAUUCUCCUUGCUGUGAGUUAGAUAUCUGGAAACAAGUUUCUUCUGUCUCCUGCAGCAGAGGAAGCAAAGUCAAGAAAAAUGGUUACUUCUUCAGGGCUGUAUUGUAAAAUGUAAUGACUAAAACUCAAGUUCUACCCAAAUAUUUUCUACCCAAAUGUUUCAAGGGAGUUCUUGCUUGCACCUGGGAACAACUGAGCAGGGGGAAGAAAUUCAUCCUUUGUUCCAUGUUACUCAUCUAUUUGCAGUCAUGAUGACAAAGGAUUUGUCAGACAGUCUCUCUUACUUUGCUUUCUAUGAGAGUUAAGGACAUUAUAUUAUUUAAAAGAUUUGUUGCCUUGAGGAACUUUUCAUGCUGUUGCACAGCAAGCUACUAUAAUUAAAUGGCUGCAAGCCACAGGCAGGCACUUAUAAUCAGCAUUUGUGUUUCUGUGUUCACUUAAUUUUAAGGCUUAUUUGUUUAGCAUAUUUCAGUGUAGGCCUAUACAAAGUACUGUAUGUGGAUAUUUGAAGGAGAUGGUUUUCUGAGAACUGUACAUCAAUUUUUGUAGGAUUUUAUUUCUUGAAAUCUUGCAUUUGAAGACACAGUACUUUCUGAGAGGUCCCAAUCACAAUCUGUUUACAGGAUUUCUGAGAAAAUAUUUCUCUAGUAUGGACUUGGAUUAUUUAUUUCUUAUAUUCUUCUUCAUUUUUUUUCUUAGCUGCAUAUUUGGAAUGUAUCAUGUAUUCUUCUACAAGUUUAAAUGAAUGGAAAAAUGUUAAAUUUAUUAAU